CCGCCUUCUCUUCCCUCCCGCACCCCCGUCCCGCGCGGGGCCGACUCGUCCCCGGAGCGGCCUUCCGCUGUCUCCGGCCGCGACCAGGUCUAAGAUGCACACUUAAUCCUAGAAAAGAAUCAAAUAUUUGUGGCAUGGAUGAAGAAGAAAGUGCUUUUGUCAGGGUAAUUAAUCCAAGGGGCACGUAAGAAGUUCCCUUCUGGGGUUGGAGUGACAGAAGAUAUCGAGACACAGUUGGUAAAAUUGAACAAUGUUGGUAAUACAGAUGGUGUACUUAAAUUGAACAAUUUAAGGGUUUCUAUGCAGCUUGAGUCUUUUCAUUGGGAAUGGUUGGAAGUUCUUUUAUUUCAUUAAUGGUACAUUUCCUUCCCCUUAGAGUUAUACUUAGUUUUCCUGGAAUUUUGGAGUAAAAAGAUCUUUUCAUUCAACAAUGGCGGGAAAAUCAUCACUUUUUAAAGUAAUUCUCCUUGGAGAUGGUGGCGUUGGGAAGAGCUCUCUUAUGAAUAGAUAUGUCACUAACAAAUUUGAGAGCCACUUAUUCCACACAAUAGGUGUGGAAUUUUUAAAUAAAGACUUGGAAGUGGAUGGACACUUUGUUACUAUGCAGAUCUGGGACACAGCAGGUCAAGAACGCUUUAGAAGCCUGCGAACACCAUUUUACAGAGGUUCUGACUGUUGCCUUCUUACUUUCAGUGUAGAUGACUCUCAAAGUUUCCAGAACUUGGCCAACUGGAAGAAAGAAUUCAUUUAUUAUGCAGAUGUCAAAGAGCCUGAAAGCUUUCCUUUUGUGAUUUUGGGUAACAAGAUUGACAUAAGUGAAAGACAAGUUUCUACAGAAGAAGCCCAGGCCUGGUGCAGAGACAACGGCAACUAUCCUUACUUUGAAACAAGUGCAAAAGAUGCCACAAAUGUUGCAGCAGCUUUUGAGGAAGCUGUUAGAAGAAUUCUUGCUACUGAGGAUAGGUCGGAUCACUUUAUUCAGACGGAUACUGUCAAUCUUCACCGAAAGCCUAAGCCCAGUUCAUCUUGUUGUUGACUAUUAAAAAGCUUCGCCAAUACAGCUCUAACCAACUCUUUUACAAAAUGGGGCAGGGGAAAUGGGAGGAAGAGGUUGAUAAAAUAAAGGGUCCAGCAAGUCCAGUUCUAAUAAUAAGAUUUAAACUAAUCUCUACUGCUGCUUCAUUAGAAGGUGGAAGGGAAAUAGCCAUUCAUUGAGUAACCUUUUACCAAAGGCAUGUAACAUUUAUAAAGGUGUCUCUAAUAACAAAUGGUUACUUAAAUUUUAAUGUGUACUCACAGAGCUAAUAAUAAAUCAAAUGAAUAAUUAAAAUGAAAACUUGAAUUUCUAAAAGCA